AAAUCUCCCACAUCCUACCUAAACCCUCCUUAACUUCUUCACCUCCUUCAUCAUCAUCCCCUCCUCUGCUCCCAAUAAUUUGUAGCACCAAAGCCAUCAUUCAGUUCAUCACACAAAAUGUGUUCCUCUAAACCAAAAUUGCAGCAAAAUCCUAGUGUUACUCCAACAACACCUAAAACCAAUCGUCGUUUGGUUCUUCAGCCAACUGGUAACCAAUUUCCAAGCUUGGAACAAAAGAAGUUUCUCAAAAAGACCUCCCAUGAAUCCCUUAUUCCACCUCCUUUGCUAUCACCACUGCCAUCACCGAAAACUAAGCCCGCAAUUUCUCCUCCCAUCUCUCCCAAGUUACCUUCGCCUCGACCACCAGCACUUAAGAGAGGAAAAGACCAUAAUGAGCUCAAUUCUAGUCUUGAGAAGGUAAUUCUCACACCUAAGUCAACAACCAAGUUGACUAGUUCAGUGAAAAAGUCAAAGAGAUCAAGUGUUGCAGGUGCAGCUUCUGCUGAAAAUGUAAUGAAAAAUAUAUCAUCUUUGAUAGUAGAGGCACCAGGAAGCAUAGCAGCUGCAAGGAGAGAGCAAGUUGCAACAAUGCAAGAACAACGAAAGUUGAGAAUUGCGCAUUAUGGAAGAACAAAGUCUGCAAAGUUUGAAGGGAAAGCAGUGCCUCUUGAUACUUCAUCCACCAAUGUUGAACAAAGGAGAUGCAGUUUUAUCACACCAAAUUCAGACCCUCUGUAUGUUGCUUACCAUGAUCAAGAAUGGGGAGUUCCUGUUCACGAUGACAAUUUGUUGCUUGAAUUGCUCCUGCUGACCAGUGCUCAAGUAGGAUCAGAUUGGAGCUCGGUCCUGAGGAAAAGGCAGGCUUUGAGGGAGGCAUUUUCAGGUUUUGAUGCAGAAAUUGUGGCUAAGUUUAAUGAAAAGAAGAUAACUUCAGUAAGUGCUGAUACUGGUACUGAUAUAAGCUUGAUCAGAGGAGUUGUUGACAAUGCUAAAAGAAUUCUUGAGAUUAAAAGGGAAACUGGGUCAUUUAACAACUACUUGUGGGGAUUUGUGAAUCACAAGCCAAUUUCCACCCAGUACAAGUCAUGCCACAAGAUCCCUGUGAAGACCUCCAAAUCAGAGUCCAUAAGCAAAGCCAUGGUGAAGAAGGGUUUCAGGUUUGUGGGCCCCACUGUGAUUCACUCCUUCAUGCAAGCUGCUGGCCUCACUAAUGACCACUUGAUCACUUGCUCAAGGCACCAACUAUAGAUGAUGAUGAUGAUCAUAGAAAUGUGUGUCAGAUAUAUUAUACCAUAUGUAACCCAAUAAGCAUAGUAGGCUUAUUGUCUAACUCUAGGUAUUGGCUUUGUAAUGUGGGUUUGUAAAAGUUUUAGUGGAAGUCUUGAGAGGCUUAGGAAUGGGAAUGCAAUCCUUUCAAAAAGUGUGUUAAUUGAAAAGAAGGGAAGAUAAAUAGAGCUAGGAAGACAAGGAGCAUGUGCAGGUGGGAUAGGCUAGGGCAAGUGAUGUAUUUGAUCCCAAUAGCUUUCAUUGCUAGUUGUGGCCACCACACCCACCACCACCUCUAUUAUUUGCUUGCUUUUGAAAGAUUGUGAAGAAUAAUCAGUGCAGGUAGGGAUAUCCAUGGACCAUGAUCCAUCCCUUAUAUCCAUCAUCAUCUCUUUCAACUUGGAUUGGAUCAAAGUGUUGUCAAUUCUUGAAUGAAAGGCUUCAUGUGCAAGCAGAUGGACAUAGAAUUGAGACCCCAAAAGUUGUAUCGUAUCAUCAUUCGAUUCAUCACACAAUUUCCUUCUUGUAAACUAUAACCUUUGUGGGAGAUUUGUUUGUAUCAUAAUAAUUAAUGUCUAAAUUUGGCUUUUUGGUUCUUGGUCCGUAAUGUAUACUUAUUAUCCAAGCA